CCUGAAAAUAAAUAUCAUACGAGAGUGUACAGCUGCCAUUUCGCCGACGACUCGCCGUGAGCUGAAGAUGGAGGCCUUGGGCAGCUACUCUUUACCCACCGCAACCGCAUUUGCCUUCUCUAAACCCUCCGUUUCUUCUUCUAAGCCGCCAUUUCUCACCUUCUCUCGUCGAGCCAUGCCGGUGUUUGGGGUUCUCAGUGCAUCUCGCACCGCCGACGCGGCGCCGUCCGUCGCCGACUCGCCGGACAAUCACGCCGACAAGGAGGUCAAGCUUUGGGGCGGCCGUUUCGAGGAGAGCGUCACCGACGCAGUUGAGCGAUUUACCGAGUCGAUCUCCUACGAUAAGCAGCUUUAUAAGCACGAUAUCAGGGGGAGUCGAGCUCAUGCUUCUAUGCUAGCUAAGCAGGGACUGAUGAGUGUUGAUGAGAGGGACAGUAUUCUUGAAGGUUUGGAUGAAAUUGAGAGGCGGAUUGAAAGUGGUGAGUUUGUUUGGAGAACAGAUAGGGAGGAUGUUCACAUGAACAUUGAGGCUGCCCUGAUUGAUAUGAUUGGUGAACCUGCAAAGAAGCUGCAUACUGCUCGGAGCCGCAAUGACCAAGUUUUGACUGAUUUUCGAUUGUGGUGUCGGGACGCAAUUGAUAAGAUAUUAGAUGCUAUUAAGUACCUUCAGGUUUCCAUGGUAACUCUGGCAUUGUCGAAUGAGGGAUUAAUCGUUCCGGGUUAUACGCAUUUACAAAGAGCACAACCCGUUCUUCUCCAGCAUCUGCUCUUAGCAUUUGUUGAGCAGCUUGAAAGAGAUGCUGGUCGUUUAUCGGAUUGCAGAGUUAGGCUAAAUUAUUGCCCACUAGGUGCAUGUGCGCUGGCUGGCACAGGCCUUCCAAUUGAUCGUUUUAUGACUGCUGAUGCUUUAGGGUUCACUGCCCCCUUGAGAAACAGCAUUGAUGCAGUUUCCGACCGAGAUUUUGCCUUAGAGUUUCUUUCUGCCAAUGCCAUCACUGCUAUUCAUCUUUCAAGGCUUGGAGAAGAAUGGGUGUUGUGGGCUUCUGAAGAGUUUGGAUUUAUAAUGCCAAAUGAUUCCGUUUCGACCGGAAGUAGCAUAAUGCCUCAGAAGAAAAAUCCAGAUCCAAUGGAACUUGUUCGUGGGAAGUCAGCUAGAGUCAUUGGAGACUUGGUCACCACUCUCACCUUAUGCAAAGGUCUGCCUCUGGCCUACAAUCGUGAUUUGCAGGAAGACAAGGAACCUGUAUUUGACAGUGUAAAAACAAUAUUGGGAAUGCUUGAAGUGUCUGCUGAGUUUGCUCAGAAUAUUUCUUACAAUCGGGAGAGAAUACGGAAAGCUUUACCUGCCGGUUUUCUUGAUGCCACAACUCUUGCUGAUUACCUCGUGAAGAAGGGAAUACCUUUCAGAACAGGUCACGACAUAGUUGGGAAGUGUGUGGCCUUGUGUGUCACAAAGAAUUGCUGCCUCCAGGACUUGAGUCUCGAUGAGCUAAGAAGCAUAAGUCCAGUAUUCGAAGCGGAUGUUUACGAGUUUCUCGGCCCCGAGAAUGCCAUUAAUAAAUUUUGUUCAUAUGGUUCCACAGGAGCAGCCUGUGUUGCUACUCAACUCGAAUACUGGGUUAAUAAACUCCAAAUCGAUCAGCAGUAGACGACCUGGUUUUCUGAGCAAUCUGGAAAUGGCGGUCUUCCUGCAACAUUCUUAAGAAGGUAUAAAUUAUAGGUACUGAGAAUAGGUGUGGGUUAAAAUUAAGAUACGUUAUGGCUUCUCUAUCAAAGGAAAAAGAAUUCUGUAUGAAUGUUUAUUGCCGAAUUUUUGCUCUGCUCUAAACUGAAAUUUGAUGCUUGCUUGGUUUUUUAUUUAGAAAA